GCAUAAGCAUAAAACAAUCCAUCCCUGAUAUGGAAUGCAGCGCGGAUGACAGCGGGAGCGCAGCCCCUCUGCCCGAUUGAUUUACGUCGAGGCUGACGCUUUAUCAGGCUCACGAAAAAAGUUUGACCAAUCAUUUUGCAAGGAGCGCCGAGCCCUGCAGCCCCACUGUACUUUGUUGGCGGAGAAGUUGAGAGAGAGAGAGAGAGAGAGGGAGAGAGAGAGAGUCCAAAUCUAAGCUCGGUCCUCUAGCUACAUCUACCGAUAUAGAGCGGAUGGUGGCUCUCCUUCCCUGUAACGCGCCCUGUAUGAUGCUCUGAGAAUGUCCAUUUCGGGGACGCUCAGCAGUUACUAUGUCGACUCCAUCAUAAGUCAUGAGAGCGAAGACGCACCCCCCGGCAAGUUUCCCGGGGGCCAGCAUCCGGGGCCCCGCCAGCCCGGCCACACCGAGCAUUUAGACUUCCCAUCCUGUAGUUUCCAGCCUAAAGCUCCGGUGUUCAGCGCCUCGUGGACGCCCCUGAACCCCCACCCUCCGGGGACCCUCCCUUCGGUGUAUCAUCCGUACAUUCAGCACCAGGCGGUCCCUCCGGCCGAGAGCAGGUAUCUCCGCAGCUGGCUGGAGCCGGUGGCCAGGACAGACACUGUUCCCGGGCAGGGGCUGGUCAAGGCGGAGCCGCUGGCCGGAGGCUCCGGGGAGCAGCUUCUCAAGCCGGGGUCGGGCCAGGAGUACAAUUUAGAAACUGCGGCGGGCAGAGAAGCGAUCCUGUCGAAUCAAAGGCCCGGCUACGAGGACAAUAAAAUUUGCGAAGGAAGCGAGGACAAAGAAAGAGCUGAUCAAACCAACCCAUCGGCCAGCUGGCUGCACGCUCGUUCGUCCAGGAAAAAGCGGUGUCCCUACACCAAGUACCAGACGCUGGAGUUAGAGAAGGAAUUUCUGUUCAACAUGUACCUCACCAGAGACCGUAGGCACGAGGUAGCCAGACUGCUCAACCUGAGCGAGAGACAAGUCAAAAUCUGGUUUCAAAACCGAAGGAUGAAAAUGAAGAAAAUGAACAAGGAACAGGGCAAAGACUAGACCCCCUUUUCCACCUCCUCCCCUCUCCCUGCCCCGUUCACUCCUAUUUAUACCGGUGGCUGCUGCAAAAUGGUCCUGGGGACCAAUAUAUGGGGGGUGGGGGGUUUUCCGGAAGGGAAAACAGCCCCACUUCCCACCCCUAAUUUUCCCCAGGUCCCGGAUCCCAAAUGGGGACCGCUGAGCUGAGAGGCGACCCGGUCCGGUAGGCUGGGAGGUAAACGGAAAGCGAGAGUAUUCCUUCUCCUAGACAAGACGAGAGGGGCAACUCCUCUCUUAAUAAAGUCGGAGAGAGAGGUUGCAGAUGCGGCUCGGAUCGGGUCAGUUUAGGAAGGGUCAGACGCCUCUGCCUGGACAAUUCACUUUUUCUCUGUGCUUCUCUCUCUCUCUCUUUCACACCCCACAAUAUUCAAACACACACUCUGUCUCUCACAACACAUCCACACACACAAACACACACCCACAUCCCCCCUCCACACACACAAACACCACACACUAGAAUCCCCUAGAAGCAUACACAAAAGCAUAUACGCAACGGUCACAAACACAUAAUUAAACUACUACCCCUCUGAUAGAGUCACAGUUGAAGAAGGAAAGUAUUUCCGAUUUAAUAACUUGCCCUGCUCUUUUCGAACUAACGAGGUUCCAAACCCUCCCCCCGGUUGCGGUGUCUCUCUUUAAUUUUUUAAUCACUCUAUACAGCGAACUGACUCCCGUUCUAGAGAACGCUACGCCUCUAAAGCGCCCUCCCUGAUUCUCUUCCCCAUUGUUCCUGGCCCCAUUUUGUCUCUUGCCCUAGCCCCUCCAAACUGUUCAUUCAGGAAAACCAAGCCACCUUCACCAGCGAACGCGCUCAUACCGCAUAGGGACUCCCCAGUCUCCCUGUUUUUAACUCAACCCAUAUUUUGGAGGAGAAGAAACAACGGGAGGACUAAGAUUGAUAAUUUAUUGUGAAUCGAUUUCCAACCCAUCUAAAGUUAAGCUUGUAGGUGUCAGAAAUGAGAAGGACAGAUAGCAUAUCGCCCCUCCCCACCCCCCAACUCCUUCGCCCCUCAAGGUGUUGGCGAGAACCGGGUAGAAUAGGUGGAUUGUCCGUCCCCCCGGUCCAUUCGCGUUCUGUUUACAUUCGGAAGAGAGAGACCCCAGCGUUCUGCUUCGGUUCUCGCCGGGAAAAUGAACCUCAUGACCCGCUGGGUGACACGGAAGAAUCUAACUGUAUCUUGCUCCAUGAAUCAAAAUGUAUCCGGCCUCGUCCCUUCUAGGUUCAUUCCGCGUUGGAAAGACCGGUCAAGUCUCCCCUAGGGGCUGCUCGGAGAUAUUCGAUUUCUCUUUUCGCCCCUUUCUUUAACUCCCGAUGGACUUAUGCUCCCCCGUUUCCUCGCAUCACGGAAAACUCGGAACGGGGGAGAACUUGAGUAGAAGUUUUUCUUUUCUUUUCUUUUCCUUUUUUUUUUUUUUUUGGCUACGUCGGUGGUGGUUGUGAUUUGUGAUUUGUGGUCGUGAUUUUUCGGUGGCUGUUUCGCCCAUUUUGGUUCCUAAUGUCGCUUAU